AUGGCCUCCUCUAUCGUUCGUCCGUCUGUUUCCGCUCUCCGGCAGAGCUGUCGAGUCGCCGGUUUCCAGCACAGAUCGCCCAUGGCCGCACUGAGCGCCAACAAGCUACAGCGGACAUGGUUCCAUGCCUCGAGCAAGAAGGACAUUCUACCCCCAUUGCCCCAGGUUGUCCACGGAACCACCAACGAUGCUGCUCCAAUUCCUCCUACCUCUCCCACCCACGGAAGCUACCAUUGGACCUUUGAGAGGUUCGUUGCAGCCUCCCUUAUCCCCCUCACAAUCGCCCCAUUCGCCUCUGGAUCGGUCAGCCCUGUCCUUGACGCUGUGCUUUGCGGCACCCUCGUCAUUCACUCUCACAUCGGUUUCCAGGCCAUGAUUGCCGAUUACUUCCGCCCAUGGCGUGUGCCUAAGACCUCCACCUUUUUGAACUGGCUUCUCCGCGGUUUUACGCUCGCUACUGCCGUUGGCCUGUACGAAUUCGAGACUAACGAUGUUGGCGUAACAGAGGCUCUUAAGAGGAUCUGGAAGGCGUAA